AUGAUUCAGCUCUACGGGCGUACGCCGUUUGACUUGUUCCGUUACGGCCUCAAGGUUGAUGCUCGGCCUCUUCGAUUCCUCACAACACUCACGGGGAAAUGCAUCAACAUCAACAUGACCCAAGAUCUCGCACUUGGUCUGUCGAUCCUACUAUCUCAUCCAAUCUGGCACAAUGACAUCGCACUCCUCCGAUUCGCACUUCAAUACGCCAUAUAUUGCCGUAUUGAGGAUCACAUCCAGCCGCUACCAGCAGUUCUAGAUGCAAUGGCCAAUGAUACUCACGAUGAGUUCUUGCAGAGUAUCAUCAAGGUGCAGAACAAUAAGGAGCUUCCAGAGAAGCAAUGGAGGCAACUUCUUGGAGAUUACUACUAUCAUUCUCUCGAUCACGGUGGCCCUCACGCCAACCUCGAUCUAAAGGAGCUGUUCGCCGAGCUCAAGAAACGUGUCAAACCUCGACCUGCUACCAAUGACCAGGAGAAGAUGCUAUUCCUACUCCGCUUAUCCGACGUCAGGGCUAUCGGGGACUCUCUGGACUCUCUUGAGGUAUACGGUCAAAAGAAAUGGGCAUCGGUUGACACAUAUUAUCGACAACGGAUGGAUGUUCUGCGCAAGGUGACGAGAUUCUUACCGCCUUCAAGCAGCACCCUACAGCAGUGGAAGAAAGCAUGCUUUUUGCAUGAGUUGCGAGAGAAGAUAAUUAGACACAAAAUCCGUCUGGCCGGCCAACCUGACAACCUGCUCGAUUAUCCGGAGGUAGAUCCUAUUCCAUUUUACCUGCUCAGCAAGCAUGUCAACACGAGCCAGCGAGCAGUAAUUCGCGGUGUUAUCUACUCUGUAGAUGAGGAACAGCUGCCCCCUCCUUCUGAAAAGAAUGAUUCCGCGGCUCACUGA